AUGUCUGAAGAGGAGAAAUCUUUGGGUCUGGAGCAAAUACCGGCAAAAGCCCGGAAGGAGCUUGCCUGCAAACUCUUUAGACCGCUUUCGAAUAUUUCCCAUUCGUCCUUUUAUACAGACAUUCUCCCUCCUGAUCGAAAGGUGCGAAUAUGUAUAUUAUUCACGAGGGUGGAGCUAGGGUAUAUACUAACACGAAUGAAGGUGAAGUUUCGAGCUCCACGUGUAUACAUAAGCGAAGAAUAAGAAGAGGGGUUGAGCACCGGAACAUUGUGUUUAUUGUCCUGAGCUUUCGGACUCUUGCAGGAGUCCAUCGUCAGAGAUAAUAGCAGUAACAGGACAAGCGACAGUUAUAGGGCAUGUGGACCAAUCAUCAACCGACGGAGGUGAUUGCGCUGAGCCCUGUAUGCCGGCGCCGGAUCGAUAAAUACAUUGACUGAGUUUUGUUUGACUGUUUUGUUCCCGACAUGGACGACUAUUUUGGUGGCUGCGAAGUUUAACUCUUGACCCAUUUCCUAGUUGUGGGCGGCCACUAGUGAUAAUGCGUCGACUCGUCGCAUAGCCUGCUUAUGUUCCUGUAUGCGCGAUCUGAGCAAGCGUCCAGUCUGACCUGUGUAGUUGCAAGGACAGUUUUGGCACGAGAUGCGAUACACUGCUCCAGAUUGCCAUUCAGGCUUUCACCGGUCUUUGAUUUUCAUGACCCUAUUGCGCAUGGUGGCUUUGGGACGGUGUGCGAUUCCAACACCUAGCUCCGUAGCAAUGCGCUAGGUCGCUCCUGAAACGCCCUUGAUGCAUGGCAGAGAAUGCCAUAUCGUGGGUGGUGUUGAUGUUCGAGUUCUUUCGUGGGGACCGCGUAGGCAGCGACUUAUGAAUGCCCUUGGAUAGCCAUUUUGCACAAACUGGUCGCGGAGAUAACGGACCUCACGUGCUCUCUCCUCUGGUUUGCUGCAAUGAGUUUGGAUCCGCUUGAAGAGGGUCCUCACACAGCUUCGUUUGUGAGCCACCGGGUGGUUGCUGUAAAAACUGAGAAGUGGUCUUGAAACGCCUGCCAACAUCAGUUCAUGCAAUCUCAGCUUCUGUCUCUGAGAACGCCAACGUUUCGAAACUUGCUGCAAUGGUUGGAGGUUUGAUGUCUGUCUUCUUUUACGGCUUCGCAAACCUCACAACCUACCGCCGUAUCAUCGUUCUCUGGCCUCGUCAAGACACGAAUAGUCCAAUGAUCGACGACUGUUGUCGCUUUGCAGUUGCACCGCUCAGUUGGCCCAUCUGGACGUGUCUUUAGCCGAGACCGUCCUCGUUCCCGCUGCCGCUCGAAGACCGACAGCCCCUGCUGGUACCAUGUCAACUUCGGUGAUAAGGCUAGGCACUGUGUCCAACCUUACCUCCUCAAGCUCUCCCAGAGAGCCUGACGCCGGAGAGUAGACGCGGUCGACCUCUCUGGCUGUAGUUCGGCCGCACAACUUCUUCACAAGGCUGAACAGCUCACGCAGAUGCAUUGUUUUUCCAAGCCGUCACUUUCUGCAAUCUCAACCCCCGCAACUCUUGCUUCUCCCCUUUCACAGAUGGAUAUUGAGCUUAACAAGCUGGCCGAUGAUAGACCAUCCCUCCAGAAGCAGACAGCCAUACCCUCAUCCCGGAGCCCGCCCAGGUCAUCUGCUCGAAAUAUUCAGUCCGCAUACUCAGUUCGUCUCAAUGUAGCCGCCGCCUGCUAG